CUAUUGACUAGUUCUAGACACUAGUUGUCAAUUGCGCAUAUACAAAGAAACGUCGAGCGAAAUUACGGUCGAUAGAAUUGUGAGGAAAGGAAAGGUUCAAUUGUGAAUAGCUGUUCAAAGAUUCUUGGAAUCGGUAGAACAAGUAAGCAGUUCGUAAAGAUGCACAGAGAAUCCAUUAUAUGCUGUAGACGUGAUAGAGAAAUAAGAAAAAAAAUAAUAACACCGGGCGACUAUACAAUAGUGCCGUACGAAGAUUCUCGAUGUAAGAUCCGAUUAACCGAUGUAUACUGUAAAAAUGCAGACGGCGUUUGUGAAAUGGAACCUCUAAGUCGUAUAUUCAAUUCUCCAUUCGAUGGAAACGUUAUUAUUGGAGACAUGGAUGCAUUCGUCGAUAGAGAUGUCGAACUAAUCCUUCAACAAAUGUGCUGCGGCGAGCUGUGUAUCGCACAUUUGACAUAUAAGAACACUCACGGGGAUCUCAUGUUGGAUAUAACUUGUAAAAUAGAGUUACUAGACGUCACCGAGGAGCAGUUGAUCAGUGACUGGAGCUGGGCGAGGUUGUACGAGUCGGCGAUGCAUCACAAGGAACGUGGGGUUCAAUUGGUCAAGGAUAAAAGAACCGUCGAUGGGUUCAGGCGGUUUUCCAAAGCUUAUAAGAUGUUGGUUGCCAUGGAACCUGUUGAUAAAGACACCUUAGACGAGGAAAGAGCAAAAGAGUUAAUUGAUAUAAGGGUGAAACUUUACAACAAUAUGGCGCACUGUCAACUGCAGUUUGAAGAAUUUGGUGCUUCCUUGGAACUUUGCUGCAGAGCCCUUAAGUAUGAUCCUGAAAACACAAAGGCUUUAUACAGACGCUGCAUGGCUUACAUUGGCCUCCACAUGUACGAAGAAGCCUGGGAAGAUAUCCAGAAGGCAUUGGCCAUAGAUCCUAACGACAAAGCUUCCCAAUUAAAAGCCUCGGAGCUGAGGCCUCAUAUUGAAAAAAUAAACAAAGAUUAUGCAAAAGUUAUUAAAAAAAUGUUUGGUUAAUUUUUAUGUAAUACUUUUCAUUUUUCCUCUUACUUUUUUUUAUUUCUCUAUUAAAGUUUCAAUAAAUAUAUUUAUAUUCUAUAUAACAAAAAAAUAAAUCCAAUAUAAUUCAGAUAUCUAAUGUAGCAUAAUGUGUAAUGUGUAAUGUGUUAUAUAUACUUCGUGACUACUAAAAGUACGUAAUAUAUAUUACGGAAUCACAUUUUUAAAAUGUUAUAAAUAAAACAGUUAUAAAUGAAAUAUCAAUAAAGUGUAUCAAAAUCACACCUUCCUAUUUCUACAAAAUGUAGCCAUUUAAAAAAAUGUAUUUACAUUUUUAGUUUAAUAAUGGUGACAUAAAGAAAUAGUAUCUUUUUUAAAUGU